CCCUCACUCACUCACUCACUCACUCACCACCCUCACACACAGUCAUUGAGUUGAGAGAGGAACAAAGAACCAAACACAACACCACCACCACCAUCCUUUUACUGUCUCUCUUCUUUUUCUCCCUCUGACGUACUUGUUUUUAACACCUCUCUCUCUCCAUUUUUUAUUUUUUUUCAACCCUUCAUAUUAAUAUUAUAUUUUCUACUUUUUUUUUUUAAAUUUCUUUUUCUCCCUUUUCCCUCUGUCAACUCAAGAACAACAACAACAAGAAGAAGCAUUCAGAAAGAGAUAGAGUAGGUAGAAAGAUUUCUCAUUCAACGCAAAAAUAAAAAAUCAGCUCAUGAUUUUCAGAGAAAAAAGACAGAGAGAGAUUGAUACUUGUUGGUGUCAAUAGUAAUGGUUGUUGGAUCUUUGAGUCAAACUUGAUUAAUAAUAAUAAAUAAUGGUGGAUCCAAGAGGGAUAUUCUGGUUUGCGUUAUUGCUUUUAUUUCUGCGUUUUCGUGGAACAUUGGAACAGACUCAGCCAUUAAGUUCACCUUUGGAACGAGAAUCACUUCUUCAACUAAGAACUUCUUUGGGUUUAAGAAGCAAAGAAUGGCCAAGAAAACCAGACCCUUGUUUAAUCUGGAUUGGUAUUACAUGUCAGAAUGGUCGUGUUGUUGGGAUCAACAUCUCUGGUUUUCGAAGAACAAGAAUUGGUAGAAGAAACCCUCAAUUUUCUGUUGACGCUUUGGCUAAUUUCACUCUAUUACAGUCAUUUAAUGCCUCUGGUUUUUAUCUUCCCGGUUCUAUUCCUGAUUUGUUUGGUGUUAGUCUCCGUUCGCUUCGCGUGCUUGAUCUUCGUUCUUGUUCCAUAUUCGAUGUCAUUCCUAACACUAUUGGGAACUUGACUAGUCUUACUGGUCUUUAUCUUUCUGAUAAUAAUCUUACUGGGAAUGCUCCUGAUAGUUUAGGUCAACUCUCGGCUCUUUCGGUUCUUGAUCUUUCGGGGAAUUCCCUUACUGGCAAUAUACCGGAAUCUUUUGGCUCUCUUGCAAAUCUUUCUUCCCUUGACUUGUCUGGCAAUUUUUUUUCUGGGUCUAUUCCUUUGGGUAUAGGGACUCUUUCUAGGUUACAACACUUGAACCUUUCGGGUAAUGGCUUAAAUUCUUUGCCUGCACAAUUGGGUGGUCUUACUAGCUUGGUUGACCUUGAUCUUAGUGAGAAUUCUUUCUCCGGCGGGGUUCUUCCUGAUUUGAGAGGGUUGAGAAACUUGCGGAGAAUGUUACUUGGAAACAGCAUGCUUAAUGGACCAUUGCCGGCGGACUUUUUUACUGUUUCAUUGCAGUUGCAGACCGUAGUUCUGAGGAAAAACAAUUUUACUGGUUCUUUGCCUGUUGAAAUGUGGUCUCUGCCGAGGUUGACGUUCGUUGAUGUGUCUUCCAAUAGUUUCACUGGUAUGCUUCCCAGUUCUAGUUCCUCUGCCGGUUCUACGGUUGCGGUGCUCAAUAUAUCUCAUAACUUGUUUUAUGGAAAUCUCACACCUGUGCUCAGAAGGUUCUCUUUUGUCGAUCUUGCAAACAAUUAUUAUGAGGGUAAGGUUUUGGAUUUCAUGCAUAACGUAUCAAUAGAUAGUAAUUGCCUUCAGAACGCGACAAAUCAGAAGUCAACGGUGGAAUGUGCAUCAUUUUAUGCGGAGAGGGGACUCAGUUUUGAUAAUUUUGGACAACCGAAUACGACAAAAGCCACCGAAGGUUCUGGGAAGAGUAAUAAAACUAAGAUUAUAUUGGCGGCAGUCUUGGGUGGACUUGGUUUACUUGCAAUUUUGGCGUUACUACUUGUACUGUUGAUUCUGUGCACUCGUAAAAGGGGUAAUUCAAGUCAAAGAGGAAACGGUGUGGGCCCUGCUCCUGCUGGAGGAAGUCCUCCGCCGCCUGGUGUAUCGGUAAACCUUGCAAGUGUAGGUGACUCAUUUACAUAUCAUCAGUUGCUUCAGGCAACCGGAGAUUUCAGUGAUGCAAAUCUCAUAAAACAUGGCCACACUGGGGAUUUAUUCAACGGUGUUUUGGAAAAUGGGAUCCCCGUCGUCAUCAAAAGGAUCGACAUGCGAUCUACAAAAAAGGAUGCUUUUCUGUCUGAAUUGGACUUUUUUAACAAGGUUUCUCAUCAAAGAUUUGUUCCCUUAUUAGGUCAUUGCUUAGAAAACGAAAACGAGAAGUUCCUGGUAUAUAAACUUAUGCCAAAAGGGGACUUGUCUAAUUGCUUAUUCUUCAAAAACACCACAGCGGAAGAUGGUACUUUGCAGUCGUUGGACUGGAUAACUAGGUUAAAGAUUGCUACUGGAGCAGCAGAGGCCGUAUCAUAUCUUCAUCAUGAAUGUAUUCCACCUAUUGUUCACAGAGAUAUUCAAGCGAGCAGUAUACUUCUCGAUGACAGAUAUGAAGUUCGGUUAGGGAGUCUAAGCGAAGCCAGUGGUCAAGAAGGUGAUAUCCAUCAAAGUAAAAUCACCCGGUUUCUGCGAUUGCCUCAGUCCUCUGAACAAGGCGCAUCUGGUUCAUCAACGUCAGUUUGUGCCUACGACGUUUAUUGCUUUGGGAAAGUGUUACUUGAACUGGUGACUGGUAAGCUUGGAAUUAGUGCUUCCAGUGAGGGUGUAUUAAGGGAAUGGCUUGAUCAAAUUCUGCCUUGCAUUAACAUGUAUGACAAGGAGCUCGUGACGAAAAUCGUUGACCCAUCUCUUGUUGUGGAUGAGGAUUUCUUAGAGGAAGUGUGGGCAAUAGCCAUUGUUGCCAGGUCAUGCCUAAACCCAAAACCUUCAAGACGACCACCGAUGAGAUAUGUUCUCAAGGCUUUGGAAAAUCCUUUAAAAGUUGUAAGAGAAGAAAGUUCGAGUUCUGCGCGGCUGAAAGCAACCUCUUCCAGAGGCUCUUGGAAUGCUACUUUGUUUGGUAGUUGGCGUCAGAGUUCGUCUGAUGUAGCCGUAAUCCCUGCAGCUUCUGGUACAAAAUUAGAAGGAGCCAGUAGUUUGAAGCUUUCAGCAACUAGUAGUUCAUCGUCGCGGAGACGUCAUUCAAAUGAGAUAUGCCCUGAGCCAUCAUUUGGCUUACCUGAUGUAGAGAGGGUGGACCCCUGAAGGAAUAGAGGCUGAAGUUUUAAACUUUUUUCUUCUUUAGUUCAUUAAUACCCUUGUGCUCUUAUUGGUUUCUGGGCAUUUCUUAGGGUAUUUUUGGAACUAAAAAGUGCUCAUUGCACAUUUCAGCAGACAAAUUGGCAGUAAAUUCCUUGAACUCAUGAUAAUACCUUUCAAAGGGGAAUAUUGUUUUCGUUUUCAGUGGUCUUGGACAAACUUGUGGAGAUAGAUGUAGAGUGGAGAGAAAGACCAAUUGACAACUGCUGUGGUAGAUAUGGAUGAUACUUCUUUGACUGCUUGUUUUGGAAAGAGACAAGCUCCAUUUUUUUCACCUGUAAUUGAAUUUUUUUACCCCUUGUCCCAAGUCUUUUAGUGGUUGUACAUUUUGAAUCCAGCACUUCUAAAGUGAGCAGAUAGUAAAGUAAGUGAUCUCAACCAUUAAUGAGAAAAUUAAGGGUUGAUAAUUCAACAUACUCAUGAUUUGUCAUGUAUGUACAUUUGAUAUUAACCAUUGGUUUAUUUAUCAAUAGUUGAUAUUACUUACUUUAUUAUACUUUAAAGUGACUUACUCAUUUUAAAGAAAUAGAUUCUUAAAUUUUAAUGUGUAAGAUAUUAUUCUUCAUUCAAA